CACCCAGACUGCUUUAUGUCUGGCAGAAGAGGCCAUGCGCAGUCGCCAUAUUACGGCACACCCCUCCCUUCCAGUGCCGUCACAGCACAGAUCCACAGCAGCCGCGAAGGAGGCCACAUACUGAACGUCGCUGCCGCUGGGGAGGACCGGUGAUACAGCAAAACCAACACCAGAAACGAGGAUUAGAUGGAAUGGGUUUAGCCCCCGCACUCCGGUAUUAGGUGGAUGUUUCUUCCGCAUUUGUAUCACCGUUUCUCAAAUGAAAGACUGCUUUGUUUACUUUGCUUAAUCUGGGUAAAUAAGUAGUUUGAACGACUCAGCCUCAGCAUAGCUAGCCGGUGAUGGAAACUGGCAGCUAACUAGCUGACGAUACUCUUCUGUCAAGCUAGUGUUUGGUUGAACCUCUUCAAGAAGGGGGUCUCGCUGGUUAAAGUCGUGUACUCUGCAACUCGAAAGAGUGAAACAAACGGACUGUUCGUUCAUUGCUAACAAAGGCUCCGGCGGACGUUUACCGGCGAAGAACUGGCAUCAGCUGACGUUAGCGGCUAGCUGUUGAGCGAGCGGCCACUAGCUACAAAUGCUUCGCUAGCUGUCACAAGAAAACUCUGAAUCCUGCGCGCGAGGCUGUGGAUAUCGGCACGGAUUUUGCCCAAGUUUUGAGACCAAGCGCCCCUACUCUCGGACUUGACUUCUAUUUUCCAGUUGGGUUGUCUGUUUAUUGUAGUUUUUGCAAAACGGCGCCGUUAACGAGCCACAGUCUUGUUACAUUCUGUCAGAGAGCAACUACCGCCCGGAUCCCCUCGAAAUGCAUCAUCCGGACCCUGCAGGAGAGUCUGGCAGCGUCAGAAAGAUGGCGCAUCCAAACGCCUCGCACAGAAAGGGCAGCAACACGAACAGCGGGACCGGCUCGUCGCUGUCAACACCGGGGAGCGCUCUGGUCAGCAACAGCCACGUUUCGGCCGAUGAUUAUCAUGGCUCCCUGUUGAUUCAGCCUCCUGCUGGUUCCUCCUCCCCGGGUCCCCAUCAUCCUCCUCACAGCCUUAGCCUGCAUCCCCAGCCUCAGACAACCCAGUCGACUGGAGCACAGAUGAAGAAGAAGAGUGGAUUUCAGAUCACAAGUGUGACUCCAGCACAGGUGUCGGUUAGUACGAAUAACAGUAUUGCAGAGGACACGGAAAGUUACGACGACUUGGACGAGUCCCACACCGAGGAUCUGUCCUCUUCCGAAAUCUUGGAUGUGUCCCUCUCCCGAGCCAACGACGCCGUCGGAGCGGAGAGGAGCUCUUCAGAGGAGACGCUCAACAACUUUCACGAGGCGGAGACCCCCGGAGCCGUCUCCCCAAACCAGCCUUCACACCCCCACGCUCUGAGCCAGGCACAGCACAGCGGGACGAUGGUGAACGGGACUGUACACCCCCAACAUCCUCAUCACCCCAACCACGCUCAGAGCUACCCCGUGUCAUCGAGCAUCACUCCAUCUACACACGCUUCCAGAGCUUUACCUAGUUUUACCCAGAAGAUGCCUUCUAGCGUGGAGGGUCCUCAAGAGAACGUUUCCCGUGCUGCCCCUCCAAGUAUUGCUCCUCAGCCUGUGGGGAUUGUGGCCUCAGGAUCUGUCCCUGGAAUGCACAGCUCUUCUGCGGGCACCACAGUUAGCAUAGUUAAUCCCCAGACCAGCAGUGUGAAUAAUGUGAAUACAUUGAGCUCUGCCAGUGUGCCUGUGAGAGGGGGAAUCAACACAAGUGCUAGCAGUAGCGGCGGUGGCUUCCCUCUGAAUGUGCUUAACAGCAGUGAAGCUGGAGGCGCUGCUAUUCCAGCUGGAGGUAACCAUAUGCCCAGCGCUAAUCUCAGCGUGAUCCAGCAGCACCAAAACAUCAACCCAAACAUCACCAUGGCUACUACAACUACUGCUGCUGCUGUUGUGAGUGCCUCUGGCGGCAUGGGGGCUCCCAGCGGGACGCAGGGAAGAGUUGGAUCAGCUGCAUUGCAGCCUGUGAGCUCCUCUGCUACAGCUGUGGCCUCGGCUCCUGUUUCAUCCGCUCCCGCCAUGCCUGCUCCUGCUCCAACUCCAGUGUCGGCACCCACCGUGGCUAUUACUGGCUCUCGCUUCAGGGUGGUGAAGCUGGACUCUAGCUCUGAGCCCUUCAAGAAGGGGAGAUGGACUUGCGCUGAGUUCUAUGACAAGGAGGUACCGCCCUCUGCGACCUUUACCUCAGCCCCUGACACUGGCUCUCACAGCACUCGUCAUUUUGUGUCUGAGAGCUUCGCCGGAGCCUUGGAGAGGGAAAGCACGAGUGGUAGUACAUUGAGCCAUUACGACAACACUGGAAGCGGAGAGGUCGGAGGGCCCCCGGUACUUCAGCACGCCCAGGAUUUUGCCUCUCCUCCUCAGGGCUAUCGAGGGAUGCUGCCUAGCGGUUUAAACAUGGGAGUACCUCAAACCCAACCUCAAAUGCUCACUCAUGAUAUCGCCCAUUCACAAGUGAAGACUACUGUAGCCCCCUCAGCUUCCACAAAUGUUCAUCAGCCGGCACCCAUGCCAGGCCUGCAGACCACCAUUGGCCUGCCUGCACCUGCUACCCAGCAGCAGCUCACCUAUGCCCAGGCCGUUGCCAGCCAAACCCCAGGCUCCUCGCAAGGCCUAGUGGGUGUUCAGCAGCAGAAGUUAGGCUUUCCCACUCUUCCACAACAAUCAGCUGCUACGUCACCUGCACCCCCAGUGAGGGCUCCUGAGUACACCCAGCCUCAGCAAGGGGUCCCCCAGGCAGCUGCCUCCCCCCCUCUUUCCAACCAAACUGGCUCGGUGCCUUCUGGGCCAGCUAACGGAUCUUGCCAGAUGAUCGGAGGUCCUCAGCAGUCCCAAGGACUCCAGCACGUACAGCCCACCUCCGUUCAGUCCGCCUCCUCCAGCAUGCCCUCUCAUAUUAGUGUAGCAGCUCUCGGCCGGCCGCCUCAGAACCAUCCUGGCCAUCUUGAUUGUCAGCAACAGAAACCGCAGUCCCUCCCCACGCAAAUUCAAAAUCCUGGCCUGAGCAGCCAGCUGCCCACGGCGGUCCAUCAAAGCCAAGCGCCUGCACAUAGCGGGCCACCUCCUAGCCUCCAGAGUGAUCAUCAUGCCCAGCCCCAAGUCCACAAUGCUGGUAGUAGUGGCCGAAUGCCCUCCCAGGGCGUCUCUCAUAGUCAGCCUUCUUCUGCCACCCUGACCCAGGAGCACAGCAGUGCCCAGGCCAUGUCUCACGCAGCCCAAGCCAGUGCCCUUUACGCUAGUCUGCCUAACUUCACCACCACACAGCUGCAGGAUGCCCAGCGGUUGCUCCUUCAGCAUCAGUCUGCUUUGUUGGGACUACCCAAGCUGUCCGCCGACGCUGCUUCUGGAGCUUCAACUGGCCAGGGUCAAGAAACUGAGGGCAGCACCACCAUCGCUAGUGCCUUAACUGCACCGGCUGGUCUCAAGACGGCUGACGGAGAGGAGGACAGCUCGUCCGGAGCCAGUGUCGUCGCCAUAGACAACAAAAUUGAACAAGCAAUGGACCUGGUGAAGAGUCACCUGAUGUAUGCUGUGCGUGAGGAGGUGGAGGUCUUAAAGGAGCAGAUCAAGGAGCUGCUUGAGCGGAACUCUCAGCUGGAGCAAGAAAACACACUGCUGAAGACGCUGGCCAGCCCCGAGCAGAUGGCUCAGUUCCAGGCCCAGGUUCAGACCGGCUCUCCGCCCGCCGCUCCCACAGCAGCCUCAGCAGGAACCCCGAGCACCGCAGCCCUCACCCAGCCUGCCUCCCACAGCUCCGGCCCCUCCGCGUAGCCCGGCGUGUGGGGACGGAUCGCCUGCCUUGUCCCGUUUGACUUCUGCUUCAGCUGCAGAGCCAAACGUUUGCCUUCUACAGCAGGAGGUUACGCUGUCAAAACCGAGAAUUUGCACAUAUUUAUCUCUGAUGGGUGAAGCCCGUGGGACAGAGCUCCACAGCACAGUGGAGAAGAGACAAUCUCUAGAAUGCUACGAGGAUCUGUUAUCAGAGGAAACUGAAUCAUCAAACAUUUGCCAAAAAAACCCUUGGUCAACAAGAAUGUCUUACCAAGAAAAUCAUAACAGCUUGUCAUUGACAACAACACACCGUAGAUAAAAAUAAAAUCACUGUGUCUGGAUUUUAAGUGAUAUACUGACGAUGGAGCAGUAGGAAGGGGAGGAUUGUACUGGUUAUUGCCUGUUAUCCUGAAUUGUGUAAACUUGAGCCUCUCUUUUUUAAGGCUAGAUCCUAACUUAUGAGAGAGACUGCUUGAAAUAAUACAAAAAAAUGAAGAAUGAGCAUUUAUUGUAACAACAAAGCCCCCAUCUGGAAUGGGGUGGGUUAGUAGGGAGGUUAUUUUUUUUGAGGGAUGGGUUGGUGGGCGGGAUGGGGGGGUCUUGAAUAACACUUGGCAGCAUUGAUGAUGUUACUUAACCUGAGGGUUGGUGGGAUAAACAAACCGUUUCUUAUGGAGAUGAUGAAAUGAAUCUAUUUUCAGUAUUUCACUUUCAAGCUGCUGGUUUUUGCCCUCUUCAGAGCUCAUCGUUGCUGUUUUCUCGACUCUGCAGUGGCAUGACAUUGAAACCUUUAUUUAAAAGGGUUGGAAAAAAUGGGCUAAGCUGCAGUUUUUUUUGUUUUGUUUUUUUUGGUUUGAGUUUUUCUUGUUUUUGUUCUUUUUUUUUUAAUCCCUGAAAUAUGAUGGGCAGAAGAUGUACAUUUCUGUAUAGUUUAACUACGAUGUAAAAUAGUGAGGAGGUAGAGAAGAGGAAAACUUAAAAAAAGAUGCUAUCUAGGUUACACAGAUUGUCACAAAUGUGCAAGAAAGACGGUCUGUGUUUUAAAGCUGAAUUUUCAUCACUCUGGAUCUACAGGAGAUGAGCUGAACUGACGUUUUUCCUAAUCUCUUAGCGCAACAUUAACUGUAAAAAUAAUUUUUGUUACUUUCUUUUCUUUUCUCCAGUAUUGCACUUUUUUUUUAUUUCUUCUUUUUUAUUUUUUAUUAUUUUGAACUGCAAAACAAACUUGGAUCUGAAAAUACAAUCUUGAAGCAGAAGUGAUAGAAGUGUUCUCUCUCUCUCUUUUUUUUUUCCAUUCUGUGUAUCAGUUGUAUGCUCAUGUUCUGUGCAUGUUUUUCGCAAAUACCGGAUUAGAUAAUGUAACACAAAUACCUACAAUUGCACUUGACAUCUGCACAUCAAAACUUUCAAUAAACUUGCUUAAUGAAGAGUAAAAGCCCA